GAGAGAGAGAGAGAGAGAGAGAGAGAGAGAGAGAGAGAGAGAGAGAGAGAGGAAGAAGAAGAAGAAGAAGAAGAAGAAGAAGAAGAAGAAGAAGAAGAAGAAGAA